CCCACGUAUAUGUGGCGUAGAGAACCAACUUUCAGUAUAAGUUACCGACUUCAACGCCCUUUCAACCCUAAAACCCUCAAUACAACUUAGAAGCCCCAAACCCGCGCUUGCUCGUCUCUAAAACCCUAAACCCUUCACUCUGUUUUCUGCAGCAACUCCAAAGAAAAUGGCUUUCACUUCAAUUCUUCGCAGAUCGGCCUCCUCUUUGGCUCCAUUGGCCAGCCGACUCGCUCGAGGCAAUCGAUCUUACCAUGGUGCUCUCGUCAACGCCAUAAACCACGUCAAUCACUCCUACAAGUCCACUCUGACCCCUUUUGUUCCGACCCCUCGCUACUAUUCCAGCCACAGUUCGGACCAGUCUCUUCUCAAGGUUAUCGAUGCAGAGAUAAAGUGCGCUGAGGAGACCGAUGAUCUUGACAAGGCUGAAGAGAUUCCAAGUGGCUUCCCUUUUCAAAUUGAAGAUACUCCCGGAGCCCAAAUAGUGACACUGAAAAGAACAUAUCAGGGUGAAAACAUAGUAGUUGAAGUUCACAUGCCUGAUCUAGUUACUGGUGAUGAAGAAAACGACGGUGACCAGGAUGGUGAUGAUGAGGAUGGAAGUGCUAAUAAGUCCAGCCUCCCGUUGCUCGUGACUGUCUCCAAGAGUGAUGGACCUUCUCUCGAGUUUAGCUGCACUGCUUUUGCUGAUGAGAUUGAAAUUGACAGCUUGGCAGUGAAAAAUCCAGAGAAUUCUGAGGAUCAGAUUGCCUAUGAGGGGCCUGACUUCCAUGAUUUGGAUGAGAACCUUCAGAGGGCAUUCCACAAGUAUUUGGAGAUUAGAGGAAUCAAGCCCAGCACAACCAAUUUCUUGCAUGAGUACAUGAUCAACAAAGACACUAGAGAAUAUGCGAAUUGGUUGCAGAAACUUAAGCAGUUCGUUGCAGCAUAAACUUUUACCUGAGAUAUUAUUUGGUAGAAGAGAUUCGGGAACAUGGUUUAGCUUGCAUUUUUGGAACUCCUAUUGCUAUAAGUUCAAAUUAUAUGAUUAAAAGUAGAUGAUUAUGUAGUUCAUUGAAACUUUGAGGGAUGUGAGUUUGUUGGAAGGCUAUUAUGCAACAACAGUUGCUUUUAAUAUGAAAAUAACCAUUUAGGCAAUUUAUAUUAUUA